GUGUUUGUGUGUAAGAGAGAAAGAGAGAGAGAGAGAGCAAGAGAGAGACAGAGAGAGAGAGAGAGAGAGAGAGAUUGCACUCACUACCAAUCAGUAAUAGGUUGUAGAUGCUCGUGUAAGUCGUCAGCGUGUCAUAUUUUAUGUCUUGAUAAUCUUUUUUUUUUUCUUCUUCCACGAUACGCCUUCCUUGUCUAUUUGCAUCUAAAAUAACACGCGUGCUGGUUUGGUGAAAGGCACUCAUCCUAUCAUUGUAAGACAAACUCGCUCUGCUCCACACCAAGGAGGAAGAGGAACGGAGCGCCUCGGCUGCGCACACUCCGCUUUGAUUCAGUCAAAUUACAGCCUACUUGACAAUAGCCGGUUCGGACUGUGGGAGCCGUGGAGGAGGUGGACCGGUGCGAUGAUGACGGGCAAAUCUGUAAAAGACGUGGACAGGUACCAGACUGUCCUCAACUCUUUAUUGGCGCUGGAAGAGAAUAAAUUCUGCGCUGACUGUGAGUCUAAAGGUAGGUGUCUUUAUCAUCUCCAUGCCUGAAAAACAAUCACGGUAUGAAUCGACCCUCUUGCGUGUUUACUACGCUCGAAAAUGCGGCAUUGCAUUCAUCACCCUUCGACCAAUUACAUUGUACUAUGGUGAAAGACACGGGGCCACAUCCUUACAAGGCAGGAGCAUGGAAGGCAGCUACAUCAUGCCACCCUAUAGGAUAUCCAUACUCAUUAUGUAGCCAGAUUAGAUUUUAUGGGGAAUUGUCAUCGUCAAGGCGUGGAUAACUGUAUCAAGGGAUGCAAAUGUGACAAUAAGUAGAAAUUACUCCAUCUACAGGGGCCCUUGAAAAACACCUGAGGCUCACUGAACCCCAGUAUAGAAACUACUUUGGUUUCAGACAUAAAGACAGUAUUCUGACUUUGAUUCACCCUGAACACACUGUUCCUGCAGGCUGGGUGUAAAUGGGGACACAGCAGUGCCACAUGCAAUACAACAUGAUAGAAAAAUGCACUGAGUUGUAUGACAGUAAAUGAGCAUAAUACACUUCCUUUAUGUUCAGUUAUUGCUUUUGGUGGCAGACAAUGAAUCAAGGAAGUAGAUGUCACACUGUCUCUCAUUGUUCUUUAAUAUUUUAGGAAUGCUGGUUUCCUCAUGCAGGUGCUCCAUCAUGUAUUAUAUGAUUUUCUUUGUGAAGUAAUAGAUACACUCAGUUUCAUAUGUUUGUGCCCUUGCAGUAGACUCUUCAGGCUGAUUGUAGCCUCACUAAGGCCUUGAACUGUGUCCUGAGGUAUUCACUAAACCUGUUUUUCCAUGCUGCUGCCGCUGGUGCCGCUGGUUGUGGGUAAACAGUAAACACUGCUGUUUUUGUCGCAAAUACACCGAGUUGAGCUUAGAUCAACAAAGUGAUUCCACAACACUCUAUUUUUUGUAGACUUUGGACAAACUGUCAAUUCUUCGAACAGGUUAAGAUGAAUUAAAGCGUCAAAAACAUGCAACAAAUGAAUGCUGGUAAAUUGCCAUGCUCUAUAACAGUUAUUUGCUUUUAGACAUAAAAGUUUUUUGUGUGAGAGUGUGUGUUUGAAAGAUUUGAAAGCGCUUGAAUUCAAAAUUAAAAACACUGCUCGGUGACAUUUUGCAGGCUGUGACUAACAGUACACUGUCUGCUAGCAGCAAACUGUUCUUUGUUGCCACUCUAAAACUGCAUUUUCUGUUAACUGGCUGCCAAAAAAAAAAAUGAGGAUGGAUGAUGGUGAUAAAAACUCAGGAUAUGGGAUCAGAGCAUAGAGGUACAUUGGCUGUUAGCCUCAUAUAUAAGCUGUAAGAGAAUCAGGGGCAUUUUGAUACUAGAGGAAGUCAGGCCUGUACUUUGUGUGUUUGUGUUUUGUAACUAUUGUGGAUGCAACUGAGCAUGUGCAUGAGCUCGAGACUAAUUCUCCCCAAGGGUACAAUAAAGUGUAUCGUAUUGUAUCAUAUUGUAUCAUAUCCUAUUGUAUCGUAUUGUAUCAAGAAAAAAGCUACAAUCUGUAAUAACAUUCAAUAUCUUGAUUUCAAUAUAAUAUACUGUAUGCUAAAUACAUAAAAAUAAGUGAAAACAUGCGCUCUGAUUUGCAGUUCCCGUCUCUUUCUGCUGUUUUACAUGUCUACAUCAAGCCUUUUUCUUUCCAACAUCAUCUAUCCUGACUCCUUUUUUCUCGCCUGUCUCCCCCUCCUGAGCCAUUGUGCACGCUAACCUUGCACUCACCACCAAAUGGUUUCUAUUAAUCUCAAUUAAGGGCUUUAUCUGAUUGUCCAAACGGUGUGAAUGGGUGCCACACACAUCCUGAUGGCUUAAUAGGCAGCAUGCUAAGUAUGAAUCUUGUGUAUGAAAUGUUUCUCCUAUGUUUCUCUUCUUUGUUGUUCAUCUCCAGCAACAUUAUCAGAGCAGUUAUUAGUAUUGGUCCUGUGGAUAUGUUGGAAUUGGUUCUGAUGUCACUCGGUGGCACUGCUGGUGUUGAGAUCAAUGAGACUGGCCUCUCCAUAGCUUAUCUUAGAAAUGAUUCAACAGGACAGCAGCACGUCACUCAGUUUCCACCUCAGCCGUAAAUUCUCCUGAGCAGGCUCUGAGUGUAGGUAAAUCAUUGCAUGCUGUCACUCAGCAGACACCCUCGGGAUUGCUUAUGAAAACUUCAUGAAUAGUAUCAGCAAGCAGCUUCCCAUAAUAAGGGAGGCAACUUUUACUUCAUAGUCCUGUUCAGGCUGAGAUCCGUGCUGGCUUCCUUAACUAACAGUGAUUGACUAACAGAUUGAGAAAUUAAAUGCUAAACAGCAUCGUGAAAUUACAAGGUGUGCAAACCAAACCACUUUCCCAGCACUAUUGCAAUAGGCAGGCAUGUUUUUUUUGUUCAUUGUUCACGCAGGCUGACACAACAUAAGAUGCAUUCAGAUGUUCCCUUUCUGUCUGUGUCUUUGUACCUCUUUUAAGCUUCUGACAGAUGCAGGGAAAAGUGAUCUAAGGUGCUGAUGCAGCAUCAGAAAUAUUUCAUGGGAAACACUUAAGGGGUCAGGUAGCUGCUGGAAAAAAAGGCUAAGAGAAUUAUUUAUUACAAGCAUCCUUGCCUAACUUGAAUAAGCAUCAUCAUACAAAUACAAAUGUGUUACAAUAGCAUAAAGUUAUCUUAAAAUAUUUUAGCAGGAGAUAACUCAGUAAUCUAUUUACGACUAUAUACUUUGGACCAAACUAUGCAGUCAGCUGCUUCAGAGCCCACAAAUGUGUUCACUAAAAAUAUAACUCCUUUCUUAUCCAGUUGCUUAACUGUGUAAAACUGUGACAGCAGAAUUUUCCUUGAAACAGUGGUUGUGUCUGUCAGUGUGUCUGUUCAUUGUCUUUCAGCUCAAUGUGGCGGAGAUGAAAUGUUAGAUUCCUUUUGUUUAAACAGACCUAAAACUCAAAAGAAGAACAGUGACAUCAAUGGAAAUCGGAAACCAUUUUCAUAUGCUAAAAAUGAGUAUCUAAUCUUCUACCAUAACUUUUCUGUUUAACAUGCCAAGCUGAUAGACAAUGGUGAGUUUGUAGGCCUCCAGUCUUUGGUUAAGAUGACGUGACGGCGGGGUUAUGGUUGGAUUAAAAGUGGAGAUGUCACAAGAACACAGUGAAUCCUUUGUUGAAUAAUACAAGGUUUAGUUCCAGUGAAUGUUGCCCUUAGAAGUCUUUUUUUAAUAAGACAUAAAUAGAACCCUCAGACGCUGUUAGACUGUCAGGCAAACACACUUGUGACUGCUCAGAAGUCAGUUUGGAAAGAAUAAAAAACACCAUCAAACUCUUGUGGCUUUUCUAAGGAAGCGACUGGCCUAGAACUGCAAUCUAUGAAAGCACAGGAAAUAAAUCAUUUUUUUGCUUAUGUGAAGGGUCAGAUUUUAUGGACCAAACUGAGGGAAGAAAAAAACAUUUAUAUAUAAUUCAGCAUUUUUUUUGUCCUGUUUGUCACAGAUUCAGACAAAGGGUGGCCUCUGCGUAGCUGUUUUGAUUGGCGUGACUCUGCAACAGACUAGUCUAAUUACUCUGAAGAUGAGAUUAGUGGUUUGAGGAGAAAAUAGCAACCACACAUACACCUAAACCUCUUCUAGCCUUCACUUCAGGAAUAUGUUUUUGGUCUUCUUUAGAUGUCUCUCACUUUAAAUCCAAACAUCAUGUUUUCUGUUAUCUUUUUUUUGCAAAAGACUGUUUUAUUUAUUCUUUUUGCACGGAUAGCAUAUGUCGCCAUACCGAUUUUGAGGUCAACAAUCCAUCCCAUUCCCCACCAUCUCUCAUGUGAUGAAUCAGCUGCCUCUUUAAUCUAAGUGCAUGCUUGAAGAACGGCAUUUAUCCUUCUACCUGAUUAGCAUUUUUGUUCUUGGUUCUCCUCUGCGCAGCCAACACGUGCACACGCACAUGUGCACACCGUUAAGAAGCAUUGACUCCCCCCCCCCUGUCUUGCCUUCUAGUCAGGCGUUCGUCCAUAUGGUGGGUGAGGAGGUUUGGUGUAAUCUUGUUUGCUCUGACAGAGAUUACUGUGCCUUUAUCACCUGCCUCCCUCCGGGUGAUUGAGGAGGAAGUCGGCAGACGCACGGAGCCGAGCGCAUGCUUACACCAACACAGGAAAACACACAAAAACACAUUAGUGGUGAUAUCAGGGCAUCACUUUCUAUGCUAACUGUUGAGACACCGCAGUAAUGAGAGGGAGUGCAGUUCAUAGCGUGUGCAGCAACUUCCCGUCUAUCUCUUCCUCUGUCUGCAGGAUAUUGUGUGUUAUUUAUACAUGUUGUUCUUUUUUCUUUACUACUUCCUCAAAUUGUGGCUCUUUGACUGUAAAUUCUCACUUCUACCAGGAAAUAGUGAAGGGGUGGGGAGUAAGAGGGUGAGACAGGUGCAUAAUGUAGUCAGCACUUCAACCUCUGGCUUCAAUCUCAAGGGGAUACAGGCCUAUCUGCGUGUGUGUGCGUGUGUGUGCUUGUGUUUGCAUAAAAAGCCCUCCUCCUUUAUUGUCUCCAUUGUACAUGUGUUUACACUCACACCAGGCCCCGGUUGCUGUGGCGAUAUCACCUGGCUAUAUCAUGUCUUAUCCUUGUGCCUCAAAUCUCAAAAGCCUCCCUCCCUUCAAAUCUCAUCCAAUCAGAGGCCAGAGGGGAUUUGAUUUGCUGUUUGUGUCUCCUGGCUGGCAAAGAGGUUCAUUUCUCAGAGUAAAAGAGAGAGGGGGGCACCGUGGUUGUUAGUGUGUUUUCCUUUAUCAAAAACACUGCCAUUAGCUUGCUGCUGAAUUGGCUGACUGUGGGCCCAUGGGAGAAAUGAGCCUCUGUAGGUCUCCUUUUACAUUUACUUUAUCCAUCCACUCUGUGUGAGUGUUACUUCUUGAUGAUUAUGUGGUCCCACUAGAUUUUAACUCAUGGCUCUUGUGUUAAUCACAUAAAGUACACUUGAUGAUAUUAAAAAAGAUUGAUGUUUUGAGUUAGUAUGACUAAAACUUGAUCUUUUCAAGUAGUUGUUGCUGUAUAACAAAUGCUAACUCUUCUUCACCUGGCUACAGGAAAAGUGGUGAAACUGAUGAAUAAAACUUGGUAACCAAGCAACAACCAAAACAGAUGACAUAAACAGUCUAUUUACCCCAGGCGAAGGUUAUUUUAUUCUUUUUUUUUUUUUACUUUAUUUUUGUACCAGUUUUCCUGUUCUUCUAUUUAAAGUUAAAAUUGAUAGAGUUAUCAAACACCACUUGCUGAACAGGCAACCUUGAGCCAGUGGGAUCUGGAAGCAUCAGGCCUGGGGGGCAGUUACCAACUCCACCUAAUGGGUAAUCCAGUCAAUUAGACAGCUUUAAGAACAUGCUGGCUCAGUCUUUGGCAUAUCUUAAUUUGUAAAGCCUUUCCGGGCAAAAUAUCAAACAACCUUUCCCCCCUUUAACCCUGCAGGAUGGAAAUCACAGCUUUUAAUCCUUGCACAUUAUGCAAUUUGUUUUUCCCAAAGUCCAAACUGAUUUGGGAAAGAAGGUUUUAUUGGUAUUCUUCACAUUUUUGCUAAAAAAAAAAAAAAUUCCACAAACUGAUUUUAAACUAAAAAACAUAGUCAGCCUGAACGUAUUUAAACCCCCAGUUAAAGUCUGGAGGUCAGGCUCUCUGUAUGCUGUUGUUGUAGCUGACUUAUUUCUGGAUUUUUUAGUUCUCCUAUAAGAGUCUGAUUAUUUUGUUGUUGAAAUUUUGUGUGGCUGCCAUAUUUGGCCAAGUCUCCCUUCAAAAAGAGGUCUCUAAAUAAAGGUUAAUAAAAUAAAAUAAGUAUACAACCACAUACUACCAAAGACUACAGAUAAGAUUUGUGCUAAGCCCGAAAAGUCAACCUUCUUUCUCUACCCAUGAAAUUGCCUUAUCACGAUACAGGAAAUAGAUAAAAUACCAGGAAUAGCUGACAGUCAAAAGUGAUUGUAAAUGCAGCAAUGUCACUUGCAGAGCUAAAAUAUGGUCAUUGUUGUAUAUCUCCACCUCACCACCACUACCACCAUCUCCUUUGGGGUCAUCAGAAGUUUUCAUUGAAACAAAUUAUCUGCAUUAGAUUAUUUUCAAUCCUUUUAGAAAUGUCUUUUUUGUAAAAUGUGGAGAUGGUGUAAGUUUUGGUCCAAUUUAUUAAAAAGACUGAUGUGUCAUAUUCUCUUAAACGGACAUUUUCAAUAAGAGAAUAAAAUAAAGCUGAGGGUACUGACACCAACUGUAAUGAAGUGCCUUUUCAUCUUUAGAUGCGCAACUCUUCAGCUUCAAUGACUCACCUGCAGAGUCUCAGUCGUGACUCUUGCAUUGCAACCCAGAUGGUGGGCGUGUAUUUGUAAAUUAUCAAUAGGGGUCCAUCUGUUUAGCUUAGAGUGGGACUAGGUCACUAGGUGGCUUCAGGGUUUUGGAGGGGUUUAGAUGCUGAGAGGCUAGAGGAUGGGAUGAGUGUGUGUUUGUGCGGAGUGCGUAGGAGGACCAAGUGAUGACUUUGGCUCUUUGGGAUUAACUGGACACAUGUAGAGAGCACCCUUUAUCCUUGUGGGAUAUAGGCUAAUGAAACUAAUCCACCAGCUCGUGCAUGUGUGUUUGUGCACGUGUGGUGUGGUAACUUUUUGGAAACAAGUUAGGAGGGGAGGUGUUAGUUAAGCAUGUGUAGAAUAAUACUGCAUUUGCAACUAAGAUCCUCAAUGAAUCCUGUGUUGGUGUUGAAAACAGGUAAGAAAGAUCAGGUCCGGUGGUUUUUUCCCCCCUUCCACCUUGUCUGAUCUGAUGGAAAUGCUAUUUAAACCUGGGCAGGUGGUGUAGUAAAAUCAACUCAAAGCUGGAGAACUAGACAGGUGGCUUCGAUUUUCUUUUCUAAUUAACUGAGAUUGUCUGGCCAAAAAUCUUGUUUUGUUGUUCGGUUUCCCCAGGGUCCCCCACACAGCGCUCCCUUCAUUCAGAUUACUGCUGAACCAAAUUCCUGGAUAACAAGCUGAGGGGUUUGCAGGGAGGAAAAACAGGCAGAGUGGGCAUAUGAUGUAUUUGUAAUUGCAGAAGAAAGAAUGAGAGAGUAUGUGAGUUUGUGCUUGUUAAUGCAUCACAAGUUAAGAUGGUCUCUCUUAAUAUGUUAGAUGAUUAAGAUAGAUUAAUUGCAGUAACUCGAACCGUUAAGGUAGUCAACAGUGUUUCCCCAAACAUAGACGAUACCAUGUAUCUGAUUCAGUGUGGACAGCAAAAGUCAUACUGUUAUAAGAUCAUAGACUGUAUAUAGAAUGGAUGAUGCCACCGCAAGAACAGCACCCUCUGGUGACGGGCUGCAGUAUAGGUCAUAAAUCCCGCCUCCUCCAGCAAUCCCUAUGGAGCUGUGGACAAACUUUAGAAAUUUAUUACACAGAACAUACAUUUUUCUCCCCCCUGCUUGUGAUGUUGACAUGUAGUUACAGUAAGACUGGUUUGUGCUCAAGUCCUCUUUUUUCUGUACAGCUCAAUUUUUAAAAGUUAUUAGGGGCUUCAUGUUUGCUAUGAUUGACAUUUGAUACAGCCUAUGGGCGAACGAAGAUUGCAUAGAUCACCCCGGGGAUAUGCUGUUUGAGCCGAGCGUCAUCACAGCAACUCUCGACGACUCUCCCGCCAAAUGCGUACAACGCUACUGCACAAGUGGUUGUUCCAGGAAGUGGAGAACGUCUUGGAAAUACUGAGAGCAAUUCGGCUUAAAAUUAGUAUAUUGAAGACCAAACCAAGUUGUCCAUAGUCAAUACAGUCUGUUUACAAUAUGUUAUAAUACUGAGUGAAGCAUUUCAAGAUGUAAGUUGUGUUGUUACACAAAUAUUAUCAAGUUCUCUCUGAUUUUUCUUGCUCUUUCUGUUGUCCUCUAUCUUCUAUUUUGGAAAAAAAAGAAAAACAAAGUUCAGUGUACCAAAUCUUUCAAAAAUAUUAAUCCAGCUGUUUACUUUAGGAAAGGGUUCAAGUUUUAUGUCUACUGUAACAACUUUUAAGAUAAAGAGUUACUGAGUGGAUGUAGUCCAUAGAUGUCCCCACAAGUAUUGUAGUAUGAUAGAUUGUGUGGGUGGGUGAGUGACAGAGAGAUUCAUUACAGAUCUCUGUUUGUGCUCACUGUUAGUCAUCUCAGCGGGUCAUCAAACAGCUAAAGUCCACCAUUUGAUGACUCUAAAACUCCCCUCUUGUUUGUCUCUGUGUUUGGCUCUCGACUCAGCUCUGCCUUCCUCUCCCCUGAUGUGCUUCAAGCUGCGUGUUUGACAACCACAACCACAGUUAGUUGUUGCCAGGAUGAUUCAUCGAUCUCCCAUGCAAACCCUCUACUUUCGGGUACUUCACCCCAUAAAGAUUGAGGACAGAUUUAUUAGUCACAUGCAAUAAAUCUUUGAUCAUUCUUCAAGAAGUAAAAUACGUUGUUGGCAGUCAUUCUUUGAUUACGAAAAAGGAGAAGUGUACUGUCUGGUCUUGCUAAACAGAUGAGAAACAGGACGCUGUAAUGCAAACCUUUCAACAGAGAGAAUCUGAUUUGUAGAGAUUUUUCCCUUCAGUAUGUCUUUCCAUUUUUAGAUGUCUAUUCCUCCUACUCUUGUCCUGCUGGAUCUGUUCAAAGUACCUGGAGGUGUGCGUUGAUGCUGGACAUACGUACUUUAAAUGGCUCCUUACUCAGGCUCUGUAUUGAUCGGAAACAGAGAGGUUACUCUGGUGCAUUGAGCAGAAGUGAUUCACUCCAAAAAAAAAAAAAAAACAGCCUUAUACUGUGUCCAGAUGAGAUUUGUAUUUUGCCUUCAGCUGUGGUCACAUGUGAACCCACUUUAAAAAGAAAAACAUGCAGUAUAAGGAAACAUGGGUCUGGAGCUGUGCUUGCAUCACUUAAGCCCAGCAGAGCUUUGAGAAACAAGUAAAUGCAAACCGAAGCAUGCACACAAUGAAUGUUAACAUGCAAAUGUUUAGCAGAACAACGCUGAGCAUGCUAAUUCGCUACUUUUGUUUAUUAGCAAGUAAGAGGGAUGAGCAUUUAAUUAGUUUGAGAACACUCACGCUGCAAAGCAAAGCGUGCUGCAGCUCUACUGUCUCGUGUCCUCUCUUUUCACACUUUUUCAUUUUCUUAUUUCUAGUUAUUUGCUGCAGACCCAAACACACAGCCAGCUGAUGACAGAUUAUCAUCCGUGUUUGUUUGUCUCCCGAAGUCACGUUACUUUCUGUGAGAUCACAUGUCUGGGAUCACCACUGUGAAGACAGUAAAUGUGUGAUCUACUGGUCAGCAAGUGUGUGUACAUGAAAACUUGGAAGUGCUCUGAAGUGAGUGAUUUCUCAUGGUUUUAAAACUGGUUGAGAUAAUACAGUUUAUGGGGAAUACCAGUACUCCCUGAGCACAAAACUGUGCUUGUAAAGUACUGAGUGUCAACAUACAGAGGCGAAACCCUCAGAGGUGAAAUGUACCAGACUCUUUUCCAUGGAUUGAUUAAAUAUUAUGUCAGAUCAGGAUGACCCUGUUGUAGCUUUUGCAGUAUUGAGUUCAUCUGUUGAUGCUGUUAUGAAGUAUCUUCACUCAUAAUAUAUUUACAUUCCUUAAUAGAAAGUCGUGUUUCAAGAGUUGUGCAGAUGUUUGGUGAAUGGGCAGUUUCCCUGUAGAGUUUAGUUCAGUGAUGGCUCUGGGGUAACAGAUCUUUUCGAGAUAUAAAUAAAUCACAUCAUAUUCUGUCUUUAUUUAACAGAGUCCAUCCCAAGGUUAAUGAGACUAAAUGUCAACCUGAUUGUGGUGCCAGACUAAAAAAGCCAUCAGACCACAAAAGUCAUCUGGAUUCAUUACCCAUGAACCAUGUGUGACUCUACCCGGUGUUUUAUAUUUAACUUGACAUGGGAAAACUCAGACUAUUCAGUGGAGUCGAAUGAAAAGUCUGGUGAGCAUCUCAAGUCAUGCUUAAAGCCCCAUGAAUAUUCAAGAAUUUUAUGGAAACCCAUCUCAUAAUUGUUGCAUAAACCAAAAACCUCAACUCAUGGUGGUGAUUGCAAAAAAAAAAAGUAAUGGGACAGUCUAAGUUUAGAGGAGUCUUUCUUAGAGAACCAUGCGAUGACUGUUCCAGAUUUCAUUAUACUCUGUCCAAAAAUUAUUGAAAUAUAUAAAAACAAAGAGAGGUCCAACAGACCAGCUUACCACCCCAAAAGGCAACACAACUAGUCUGGUUUAAGUGAUAGAAAAAAUAGUAAGAACACAUCAUUUAGUACAAUUAGGUGACGCCACAGAAGCUUGGGGUGUUGAAUGUAAUAGAAAGGGAGAAUUAUAACUGUGAGUGAGAGAUACAGACAGACAGUGGAGAGGAGGAGGAGGAGGAGGGCAGCUGUGGUUGAAUAAGAGAGAUAAGACAAAUGGCAGCUAGGACACAGAGCUACACUAGAAUGAGGAUGAAGAGGGUGAAGUAAUUCCAGUGUUCAGGGAGUUCAACACAAUUGACAAUCUCUCUCUUCCUCUGUGUCGGUGCCAAUGUUUACAGCAGUUAAGACGGCUUUGCUGAGUAAUUCUUCUGUUAUAAGCCAGCAUGACAGCUAAUGCUGCAGCCAGACGCUCAGGAUGAUGGACACACGGUCUGUCUGGUGACACUUUGUUUGAUGUUUUCUGCUUUGUCCUUCCUUUGGUUGGUUUCUUCUUUGGUGUCUCUCCUUUUUCAUAAUUUAAAAUGUGCAGCCUGCAAACUGGGCAACCUAGAAAAGCAUAGAAACACAAUGCUAGUCUUAGUUCAGGAUGUAUCCGAGACAAGAUGCUAUAAUUUGACUCUGCAACCAGACACGGUGUUUCCGCAGGCAGCAGACAGAGGAAGGAUUUGCAUGUUUUGUUUUCUGAAACUUCCUCCUUUAUUUACAUGGCCUUUCUUUAGCUCUCUGUGCUGUGGCUGUGGUUAACAGGAAUAUCCUGAUCCAAAUCAGAAUCUGCUCUCCCACCUAGUGGUGAAAAGGUCACAGUGCAUUCAUUUGCAGCAAGGUUGCAUGCAAGGACUCGCAGCAGAGCUGAGAGGAGAGGUGGAGACAGAGGGUGAGAGAGCGGUUCAGCUGGUUCGAAGAGGGAGAGAGGGAGGAGGAGGAGAUGGAGGGCAGAGAAGAGGAGGAAGAGGAGGAGGAGGAGGGGCAAGAAGAAAGGGAGAUGUAGGGGGAGAUGAGAGGGAGAAGCUCCAGGAUUCUCUUUGAAGCUGACUGUAUUCUCUGAAGAGGACAGUUGCAUAAUUUCUGCAGAAAAAUAGCCUGCCAGUGUUUUUAUUUUGCCCUCUAAGAGUUUUCUGUUCAGGAAAGUGUCCUGACAGCUCUGCAGAUAGAAGGGAGCCACACGGAGGCACAUGAAAUGCUAUAUAAAGCCAUAACCCACACCGCAUUAGGAUAAACAGCAAUCAAAUGACAAUAGUAGGAUACAUGUGGUGGCAAGGAGGAUGAGAUGUCCCACUCUGAAAAGCAUGCACCCACUCACACAGGCUCAUGACCAAAUGAGUAAUCUUCCCUGCAGGUAUCCAGGCUCUGUGUGUGUGUGUGUGUGUGUGUGUGUGUGUGUGUGUGUGUGUGUGUGUGUGUGUGUGUGUGUGUGUGUGUGUGUGUGUGACUUUACACUCCCCCUCUCUCUUCUCAGUCGCAGUUAUGUAGGCUAGCUUUCCUAUUGGAUCCCAUAAUGUGUCAGGGCAGCUCAUGACUUACACAGGAUUAGAUUUGUUCCCAGCAGAAUUCAAACUCAUAAUUGAAUUUCAGGCUUGCCCGUCUAUAAUAAGACUAAAAUUAAUGUUUCUCAUUCUUCAUCAGCGUCUUCUCGAUGACUUCACCUCCCUUCUAGAUUUCCUUCUGAAUCUCUUCUACUUUGUCUGUGUUUAGUCACCAAAUAACUUCAUUAAACCGCAGCUCUCACAUAUUAAAAACUGCUAUCUUCUCUCUGUCAGGGCCAAGAUGGGCGUCCUGGAAUUUGGGUAUCUUCAUCUGCAUCCGCUGUGCUGGUAUCCACAGAAACCUGGGGGUCCACAUCUCCAAAGUCAAGUCUGUGAACCUGGACCAGUGGACACAGGAGCAAGUCCAGGUCAGUUGUCAUUUUCUGGGGUCUAAACUCAGUGGCAACACCAACCUAGAGAAGUACAAAAAAAAAAAAAACAGAAACAAAACAAAACUGCAAUUCCCUGAGUGGCCACAAGAGGCUAGUUGCAAAAGCGCUAGAGACCACACACACACUCACUCCAAAAGCCCAUCUUUUGAGCAGACAUAAUCAUGUUUACAGCCUGGUUAAAAAAAAUAGUUUUGGUCUGAAUAGCUCAUUUACAAAUUGUCACUUGGUUCAUACAGUAUCACAGAAGGAAUAAAUUAGUUGAAGGAAAACACAAGGAAACGACUGCUUGUUUCUCUAGCUUUACCAACUUCAGUAACGACCCCACAAUAGCAAUACACAGUGGUCUGAGGAGUCACGCGCUCAACCAAAAAGCCACUCUAUAGCCACAAAUAAUGCUCAGAACAGCACCUAUUUUCAUCAAUAGUACAUAUAGGGUCCCAGCCAUAAUACUAGCCACCAAACAUAUUUUUAGCUCUGCCUGAUUUCUUUAACAAAGAGACUAAACACAACUCACCCACUCUGUUCCAGCAGCCACUUGGUUUUAGGGAGAGCUUGGACAAGCACAUCACCGACUGCAGCGGGGUGACGCAGCUCAAGGAAGAACAUUUAUGAUCAUACCUUUAUCAUUUCCUUGAAGUAAUAAUCAUCAUAUUAAUCAUUUUGCACUGCAGACACAGUGGUUGAUCUGCCUUAGUGUUUUGGUGUGAUUGCAUUUCCACAAAGAAAUGAUCAUAAAUGUUCUUCCUUGAGCUGCGUCACCGCGCUACAGUCGGUGAUCAAUUCGUCCAAGCUCUCCCUACAAACAAGAGGCUGCUGAAGGAGAGUAGGUGAGUUGUGUUUAGUCUCUUUGCUAAAGAAAUUAGGCAAAGCUAAAAAGAUGUUUAGUGGCUAGUGCUAUGGCUGGACCUUAUUUGUGUUGUUGAUGAAGUUAGGUGCUGUUCUGAGCAUUAUUUGUGGCUAUAGAGCAGCUUUUUGGUUGAGGUUUGUGCGUGGCUCCUCAGACCGCUGUGUAUUGCUAUCGGUGCGGUUGUUACUAAAGUUGUUAUAACUAGAGAAGCAAGCAGUCGGCAACAUUCAUCUCUCGAGGGGGUGUCUAAAUCAGUGUGGCGGUGUGUUUGACCCUAACUUAAUUUUACGCUGGAAUAUCCCUUUUAUCUGGAAACAGGGUUUUGUAUGACCUACAGGCUGAUGACUCAUUGGGAAACAGGUGACUAGACUAAAAUCAAAUGAAACCCACGUGGAAUUUUCCAGAACAACAUCAGGUAUGCUCUCCAAUGCUGUGGUACAGAAAUGAAGCAAUCACAUUUUCCACUAAUGAAACCUGUCAAUCAUUUUCAAUUCUAACGCGACAAAACAUAGACAAGAAUGAAGUGGGAACUUUCACCCACUGUGAAAACCACACCCGUUCAUGUUCUGUAGAUACAAUUUCUACAGAGAAGAAGAAGAAAAAGGAUGUUCUGUGUCACUAAUACAAACCAGGAGAAGAUGAAUUUCCCUGACAGAGAGAGCUGCUCUGUGGGUGAACUUGUGUUAAAGAAUCCCCAUGAGUAACUUUUGUCUUAAUUGGUAACAUACUGCAUCUUGCUUUUUUACUCUCAAUUGCCCAAUUCCCUCUUCUUUGUUCCCCACAGUCUUGUUCUCUUUUACUAUAGCUACAAUUAAGUGCCAGCAUGUCUUGCUAAGCCAGACCAAUUUCCAGACUUAAUUCAAGUGCCGAGUAGCAGCAUGUAUUCAACAGUGAAUUUACUUUGUUUGAUGUGACUGUUUUAUCUCCAAUUAAGCAGAAAUGUCAGAACUUGCUAGAAUGCAGGAGAAAACAACAACAAGAAUUGGUUGUUGCAAUCUUACAGUAUGGCAGAGCGGUUGCUGUUGCUUUUACAUACAGUAUGGGAAAGAGACACUUGUUAGUAUUCAGUUCAACAUGUUAGAGUCUGACAGGCAAGAAUGUGGGUAUUAUGCUUCCCAGUGUGACUGUCCUGCAGUCAGCAUCUUUAUUCUUAUCUCCUCACAAUACAAAUUCACACUGUUUUCUAAGCAGGACUCCCACACAAGCAAAAGAAAUAAAACCUUCAGUGUUUUAUCUUUCAUUUAUUACCCUGCUUAACAAUGACACAUGGUUUACCGUGAUUUGUUGUCCCCAGAGCGUUCAGGAAAUGGGAAAUGCCAAAGCCAAACGCCUGUACGAGGCUUUCCUACCUGAGUGCUUCCAGCGGCCUGAGACAGACCAGUCUGCAGAGAUCUUCAUCAGGGACAAGUAUGAUAAGAAGAAGUACAUGGAUAAGGUUAUUGACAUCCAGAUGCUCAGGGUGAGUGCUAACACACACAGAUACAGAGAGAGAGGAAGAAAAGCUCUGUGCCUGCGUCUCAGACAAAGAGGAAAUAGAAUUCUAGUCUCGCCUGGCUCGCACAAAGCCAUUCCACCCAAGGUUUCUGCUCGCUUAACAAAACGGUUUAUUGUGUCUUUGCAGAAAGAAAAGAGCUGUGACAACAUACCCAAGGAGCCGGUUGUGUUUGAGAAGAUGAAAUUGGUAAGUUUUAACACUCACACCAUAACAUCAGUAAAAUAGAGCCCUGUCUCUGUGAAGAGUUUUCAGCUGGUUAUGAAACAGACUGAAAUAAACAAGAAUACCUCUGUAGGACAUAAAAUCAGAUUCUAUUAUUUUCAAUUUCCACUGCUUAGCGGGAACUUUGUUACUGGAGGUUAAAAAAGAGGAGAGAAAAGGUGUUGGUCAGUGAGGAGAAGGUGACACCAGGUACAUUUUAGAAAGAUGAGAUUUCAGUCUGCAGGAACUUGACCGGAGUACGAAGGUUAUUUCACCAUGAGGAAGUCCAAGGGAAAAAAAGGAGUCUGGUUUCUUUAUCGUUCCUCCACCAGACAGACCGGGUUUAAUAUAUUGACCUUGUUCUCCGGCAGAAAAAAGAUAUCAGCCCGAAGACAGAUUCCCAGGGUGUCACAGACCUGCUCGGAUUAGGUAAUGCACCUCAUGCACACAAAGACAUGUACACUUACACACAGUAUACCAUGUAAUAGGUGACUGUUAAAAUGGACUACAGCAGGCCUAGAUUUUAUUGUGGAGAAAUACUUCUGAAAAAAUGUCCACUAGCAUUAAACUGGAAAUGGAGUAUGAUGCCUUUCGAUCUCCCCUCCAUUAGAUGCCCCUGCUCCCAGUCCUGCUGUGUCUAAUGGUGGAGGAUGUGUUCCAGACAGUAAUGAGAGUCCAGCGGUGUCUAAUCCAGCUCUGGCUCACUCUGCGCUGGAUCUCUUCAGUUCUCUGCCAGCUCCAUCCUCUGCUUCCUCCACUAAAACCACGGUAGAAGAUAACACAUUGUACAUACUGUACUCUGUCUGCUCCCUGUGGAGCCUUCGUACUUUCAUGCAUGCUAACAGUGGAGACCAAGGGGUGGCGAUGUGGGCUGUCAACCACUUAAGUCCAGACAGAUAUACCUCAACUCCUCCUGGAAGGAUUCCAGUACAUAUUUAUAUAGACGUUCAUUGUUCAGCUAAAAUGCUAAUGGCUUGAUGGAACUAGAAUAAAUCACCAUUUGUGUUACAGCUAUAAUUUUGUGAUCCCAUUCUUCAUUAGUUGCUGUCAAAGGGCUGAAAAUUUAAAAUACAAUGAAGGCCUUUUAAUGUGAGAUAGAAAAGUUGUAUACUGAUCGUAUACUAAUUACAACAUUGCUAUCAAAUGUACCUUCAAGGCCCAUGUCUCACUCAGUACGUUUACAUGACACUCAAGAAAACCAAAUAAUUACUUUACUCCGAUUAAGACCCAACAACUGAAGUGCAUGUAAACACCUUAGUCUGACUAAAAUCGGAGUUUGAGAACUCUGAUUAAGACACCCAGAUAAUGCGAUUGUAAUUCAAUUUUCUCUACCAUAUAACCAGCGUAUGAUUGGACAAUACAUGUGCCCGUUUGCCAUGCCCCCGUAACCCAGAAACAAAAACACCAGAGAAGAGGAGUACAUCAUGUAAGACAAAAACAACGCUGUACGAUGCUCCAUCUUCUUGCUCGAAAAUGCCCAGCAGCAGUUGUAGCCACAUCUGAUGUCUGGCACAAACCUGCUUAUGAUGUUAACAGUUGUAUGGGGUCGAAAACAGCGCCGCUGAAAAGACCCAUAUCGCCCCCUAGUUUUGGGGAGGAGGACACAUUUACAUCAAUAAUUCAAUUUUCUCAGCUGCAUGUGUAUGCGGACAAGGAGAGAAGUCUGAUUCGGUGAAAAUAAAUGAACUAUGAGCUUAGUCCGAUUAAACUGUGCAUGUAAACACACUGAGUGUAGUCCAGUGCUGUUGCUGUUAAACUCUCUUUGUGGUUAUGCUUUUAUUAUUCAUCCUGCUUGCAUUUCUCUAUCCUGUUUCAAUCUCUGCGUUCCUCCCUAUCCAUGACCUCCUGUCCACCUGCCUCCCCAGCCUGUCUCCAACUCCAUGCCUCAAAACAGAGUGACAGCUUCUGUGCCUGAAAACCUCAGUCUGUUCCUGGAUCCUGCACCCAAAGCAGAGGAGGGCACAGUCAAGAAGCUAUCCAAAGACUCUAUUCUCUCUCUGUACGCCUCCACACCCUCAAUACACGCCAGCAGUAUGGCUGCACAUGGUGAGAACUGAAGAAAAAUGCUUAAAUAUGAUUUUGUCCAUAUGUCAACAAGUGUUAAUAACUGAAUUUGCACCAAUUAUUGCUUAUUGAUUGCCAAACUGGCUUUUCCACAGGCUUAUAUAUGAACCAAAUGGGAUACCCGACACACCCAUAUGGAUCGUACCAUUCUCUUGCCCAAGCAGGUGGAAUGGGGGGCACCAUGAUGACAUCACAUAUGGCCAUGAUGGGACAGCAGCAAAGUGGCAUGAUGGGAGUUCAACAGAACAGCAUGAUGGGACAGCAGAAUGGCUUAAUGGGUGCCCAGGGUGUUAUGGCUCAGCCAGGUGGAGUCAUGGCUUCACCUUACAUGGCAGGGAUGAGCCAGGGCAUGAUGGGACAGCAGCAGAAUGGGAUUAUGGGUCAGCAGCAGGGCGGGAUGAUGGCACAGCAGCAGGUGUAUGGAGCGCAGCAAGUGCAGCAAGCGCAAGCGCAGCAAGCGCAGCAAGCGCAGCAAGCGCAAGCGCAGCAGCUACAGUGGAACCUUGCACAGGUGUGUGUAUCACUUAAAUGAUUAUUACCAUUAAAAUAAUGAUUUUAUUUGUAAUCCGAGUCUGUUUGAUGCUUUUAGAUGACUCAGCACAUGGCCAGCGUGAAUCUGUACAACACCAACGGUAUGAUGGGAUACAGCAAUCAACACAUGGGAGGCUCAACAGCUCCAAGCUCAGCGCAUAUGUCAGCACACGUGUGGAAAUGAUCAAAUCGCUCCACAAAGAGAUAAAACAGCAGUUAUCCACAAAACUGAGUUUUAGGAAACUGUGGAUAAGAGAUGUUUUCUUAUCCAAGGGGAGGAGGAGGAGGAGGAAGAGGAGACAGGUGUGAAGAAAAACAAAGAACAGGAAACUACUACUACCUCUCUUUCUCUCUCCUCCCUGCCCACGCUUCCUCUUCCUGUCUUAUCCAUGGCCAUGUUUCGCAAAUCUCCAUGCUUGCCUUCAGAACAUUUUCUUAAAAUGACCAAGACAACAGGGUUCAGAGGUUUGUACCUUUAGCCUGCAUGUUUGAGCGCACAGCUGCUGUUUAUGAGUGUAAUAACUGCUUGACUUCAAAGAUGAGUUUGAUUUUUUUUGGAGAGUUUUAGAGUUUUUCUUACUUGGUCAGAAUCAGAAAAGUGCAGAAGCUGGUCUAGCUCAUUUUACUCGCUUGAUGUCCUUGAAUUUAGGAUUAAAUUACAUUCAGUCUGGAAGGAGAGUAAAAGUUAAUAUUGGCUCAUUUGUUCAGUAGUUUGACUUUUUUGUGUGUGUCAAGGUGUGAUGAGAAGACCAUUGUAGGGUUUCCUAUGAAGCUAAUGUUAGCAGCCAAGCAAAGCAUAAUUAAAGGUAAAAACAAGCCCGGCUCUGUUCAAAUGAAUCUAAAACUUGCUGCCCUAAAUGUUCACUUACCAUGUGUUAUGUUGUUAGUUUUAUCCAUACAAAAAAAAAAGUUUUUUGUUGGUUUAUUGGCUAAGCUAGGCUACAUUGUCCAAUUAUGUUUUGUGCUGGAUUUGACAUCAUUUAGCUGAAGAAGAAAAAUAUUUUCAAAAUAGAGCUGUUGCAAUAUACUGGUGUUAACAAUAACUGAUUUUAGUUUAUUAAAACUGAUAUUGUACUAAAAAUGAGCAAACAGUCAUACCUGAGUUCAUAGAGGGGAUCCUUGAGGCUGGAUGCCACAAAUCAUAUGCAGGGGAGAGAUGAAGCAGAAGCAGACAUGACUCAGCACUUUUAAAAACGAAUAUGUUGUGAUUUUUGGAGCUUGCGUCUCUUCGAGUUUCUAAUCAAUUGAACAUCUGUACUUUGAGACCAUUCUUUUGUUUUCAUUCAGUUCCUUAACUCAUUUACAGGAAGUAGCUUACUCUUCAAAAUAAAAGCACUGUUUUUAAAAUGCAGGGUCAAAAUAAAAAUAAAUAAAAAAUAAAGCAUGCCAAGACAUUGUUUUGUAAGGCAAUGUCUUCUUCAAAGAAGUUUCAGUUAAACCACCAGUGAUGUGGAUAAAUCAUAAAUUUGAACAUAAUUAAAAAUGGGUGAUAACACAUAAAUUAUCUGUGUUUAUUAAAGAUUAAUAUUGUGUGAAUAUUUACUAGGACAUCAAUUUUACUCACUGCGUUGUUUAGAAUUUUAACUUUUCCAUGAAUAUCGCGAUAAUACAGAUUUGUGAUAUUUUUGGGCCACAAUAAUUGUGAGGUGAGAAAUCUGAUAUUGCAACAAGCUUAAAAUUAAAAACUGAGUUUUGGUGUGCCAGUUGGCUGAUUCUGUCAGCUUUGGACUGAGCUGGGUGUACUGUAUCCAUAUAUAUGUUUGUAGAGCUAACCUGCUGCAAAGAUGCUAGCAUUAGCUUCAUAUCAGCUUCACAUGACUUAAAACUUCUUGUCGAGCUCUUCUUGGCUAAAAGACUUGAAAUAGCUAGGCUUUUAUUUAAUGUCAAAUCAUAAAGGUUAGUUUUAAUCUAAAUCAACAUUUCUCUUUCUAGAUUAUCUAACAAUUUUACUAGUUAAGAAAUCCCUCUGUAUGUUAAUAAGUUUUUAGAUUUUUAUUGUCUCACAAGUCCAAGCAGCUACAAAAUAUACCCAAACAGCUCUUAAUUAUGAUGUCUUCUACUUAAUUCACCGAGGGCUUCUUGUAGAAUCACUACCCAAUCUAACUUUAUGUGUCAGAUAUCCUAAUCUGGAUUUUGGGAGACCAAAGAUCAACGCUAGCUUUAUAGUGGUUGUACAGUACUCAAAUGCUUUGCUACACCUGUAUAACUACUAAACUAGUGAGAAGUAGAAAAUUCAAAUCCGCAGUCCUUUAAAACUAGGCUAUUACACAACGAAUGUUAAGGCAUAUCAAGUCACUGUGCUAUUUCCUCAGUCUGGAUGAGACACUUAAAAGUCACUUGCAUGCAGUGUCUUCAUUUAAAUGUGGAAUUAAGGCUUACACACACCUCGAGUUAAUCUACCUUGUACAAAACAAGCCUCAAAUACUUUUGAAUGUCUGUAUAUAUGAGAGAAAUUGAGGAAGGAAGUAGGUUGGAGUCAAUUUUGAGGUACAGCUCAGACAUGUUCCUGAUUCUUCCACUGAACUGCAUGAAGCGAAUGUGUUUUUGUAUGUACUGUAUCUUCAUUAAGAUAUCCGAAUGUGUAUCUAUGAAUGUUUUUCUCUACACGCACAUACAAAAAAAAAAAAAAACAGCCUCUGACCAAGACCAACAAAAAAUCUCUUUGAAUGUGUGUCCUGAAUGUGUUCACGACUGUGGUCUGGACUUGUUUGGAGUACACGCACCUGGGUUUUGCUCUGGCGUGAUUGUUUUUGAUAUUCUUCGACUCUGUUAAAAAAUAAAUAAAUGUGUCUUUUGAAUGUCCAGUGGUCGGCAUACUGUCUGCCUUUGGUGAAAUGUUCGAUUCAUUUUUAGUGUAACCGUCAAAAGUGAGGAGAAACUGUGACCAGGUUUACAAUUUGGCCAAACCACAUUGUGAUUGUACGACCAGAAUCUGUUUCUGCUCAAUGUUCAUUUGACCUUUUCUCUUCAACAUAAGCCAUCAGUGUUUCUACCUUAAUGCAUCUAUUAUCAAACAGAGCAUGAAGCCACCAGUGUAAAAAAAUCCCUGACUUUUAAUGAAUUUAUGCCAAGGUGAUUUACUAUGAAUGUGAAGGGUGAGAAUGUAAGAUUUAAUAUAAUCCAGCAGAAUAAGACUCCCAUUCACUGCUGCAAACAUAUAGGAAGUAAAGCCUUCAGCACACAGAGAGCCAUUUCAUUUGAGCUUACUCUGUGUCAUUUAAGGCAACAGUGUGACAGCAGCAGUCACGGUCUCUGCUGGGAGCAAUAUCACUAUAAGACAAUGUGUCAUCUCGACACUGUAACAGCAUAUCUGUCAGCUAGGGAUGAGAAGUUUCUCAAAAAGCAGAACUCUUCAUCUCUGUGAGCGAUCCGGCUUCAGCUGAGUUUUCUCAUCUUUUAAACUUCUACGUCAGUUUUUUUUUUUUUUUGGUAUAUUUUCGGUGAAAUAAGAGCAAAUAAAGGAAUGUAUCUCUUCAUGUACUUGUCAAUCAAGAUAAUGUGCGUAUUUUAUUCUUUAUCAGAAUAUCACUGUAUAUUAUGUAUCUAAAGCAAAGUUGAUGAACAUUUACUGUACUGUACAUUAGUUUUGCAUUUUUUCACAUGCUUUGUCCUGUUUGAUUUUCUGUUUAUAAAAGUUAGUCAUUCAAUUUGAAAAUGUCUGUAACAUACAAUAUUUGUCAGUGAAUAUAUACAAAUAAAUAUUGUUUUGAUUAAAUUA